UUCUACAAAGUAUAAAUGUAUUUCUUGUGUGUUUUAUUUGUAAAAGAAAAUUUUCAAAAUUCAUUUGUCAAUCGGGUAUUUUCCAAUUAAAAAAUGAAGCAUAUCCUGUUUAUGUGCUUAUGUCAUAAUGCAAUAUUUUCUUCAAGCACAAGUCUAUCCCCAUUAUAUGAAGACAUUGUUGUACAUGCCAAAUAUACAAUGUACAAUUGUGUACUUACACAUUUAAAAAAGGAUAAAAUAGAAUAUAAAAAUAUCCCUAAGAAUGUACAUGAAAUAUUAAAUGAAUUUAAAAGAAAUAUUGAUACAAAUCGAUGGAGUUUAAAAAGAAGCUCUGCAGAAUUUUAUGAUGACCUUGUUAAAAAUAGCAAUGAAUUUAAGAAAGUAAAUAAAGAUGAAUUAAAAGUCAUUAUAACUGAAUGUCUUCAAUUAUUUUACAAUCUAAAUUAUAAUGAGGCUGGUGAGACCUCGCAACAGUCAAGGAAUAAUUGUUGCAUAAAUUUAAAAAAAUUCAAAUAAAUCAUAUUUGUAAUUUAAAAAUAUAUUAAUAAUUUAUGUAUAAA